GUCUCCGACUGGUGUCCGGGUCAGCUGCGCGCCCGACCUGUGAGCCACCAGCUGCCUUUCAUCGCAGAGGUGCUCGAUGCCGUUAGAAAGAGCAGUGAGGCGGAAGACUUUUUCGAGAAGGCGGAACGGGGCGGCAGAGAAGUACUGCUGCCGAAGCCUGAAGUUGAUACGAAGAAGUUGGCAGUAGCAUUUAUCAAGCACGCGCCGCGAUGCACAAUAUUAGCGAUGGAAUGCCUUCCACAUUGGAGCGGCAAGGGAUGGGAGGGCGCGAAAAAUACGGACCGCAGCAAGGGCUGCCGGAAGCUUCCGGACACCACACAGCCUGGAUGGGAAACAACCGAGGAGCUCGUACAUCUACGAAAGUACGCUGCCAUGUUCUGGCUGGAGUUUUCGCAGCCACAAGGCAGCUACCUUCUCCUAAAGGUUCUUCGCCCUAUAGUUGUUUCUGUUUCUUAGCAAGUUUUUUUUCGAUCGUAGUAUUGAACAGACUAUUUUUGACUUUCUAAUGUGUGGAUGACCUGCUCAGGAAACUCGUCGAAAAUUGUUCAAAUCACCAAACAGGAAUCCAUCACAUCUGCAGGUCCCAGCGCGUGUGCAGAAGUAUGGCAUAAAGUACCAGAGUGCCGACUAUGCUUGGCUGUGCCAGGUUCAGGAAACGAAUACAGACGAGUACUGUCCCUUCAACUGGGACGAGCGGAUCAGUACAGAGGACAAAAAGCGUGGGCUAACGCAAGAGGAGGCAAAAGAGCUAUCGCUUCCUAAAGUCGGAUUUGAAGUGGUGCAGAAUCUAAAGAUCAUCGCGCGCGUGGACGUGUCUUUCGCACGAAGCUUUCCUCAGAGGCCGACAGCAGUGCGGCUAAACGACUCGGAUUUAGUUCGUUUACUGGAGCACUGUGCUGUUCAAGACGAUAAUAUGGGCUCUUCUUCCUCGCUUUACGAGAAGCUACAGGCGAAGUUGGCAAGCAGAGCAGCAGCGCCAUCGUCUGGACCACCUGCAAAACGCAAAAAAACGGCUGAUAGAGCUGGUGGCGGAACUGGAGGCGCGCCUCUGGGCUCUAUGCCAGCAACAGCACCCUCCUCCUCCUCCUCGUCAUCCUCAUCGUCAUCAUUGUUUUCAUCAUCCUCCUCGGCAUCAUUGUUACCAUCGUCGUCGCCAUCCUCCUCAUCAAGUUCCUCGUCAGCAUUGUCGACCACGGAAAAAAUAGCAGGGAGCCCAUUGAGCUUGGCUGACCUGCUGGAGGACAUAUUUGAUCCUCAGCGAACCAAGCGCGAUGGCGGUCGCAUUGUCCAAAAAGAUCUGCGGCAGACACAAGAUCCGAAGCAGAGUGCUGGCUUCGGUGCCACCACGCAUAACUUUGCUGGAUGCACAAUGACAGCAUAUACCCAAAAACUGAAAACGAAGGAGGGUGAGUACGUUUGCCCAUUGCUGACGGGCUAUCUGAAUGACCGGCAAGGCGAAAUCAAGCGCGUCGACCACUCAGCUGGCUUUGAUCUUGUUGUGCCUGGAGCAGCUGUCGCCAACGCGCCGGAGGUUUUCAGCUACAGCAGCAUCAGUUUAUGGAGGAUCCAGAUGUUUCUUAUACUUAUAUGAACAUUGAUUAUGUCAGAGUUCAUAAACUGAUGACCCAUCGAGCAAGGUUUUCAGAGUGGAAUCUGUGGGUGUUUCAAACUGAAGGAGAGAGUCUUACAGAUUUUUACGUAGUUUAAUAGUGGCAGGUUAGCGCUAAUGAAGGUGCAUAAAAACGCUGGCACGGUGCCGCACAUCGAUGGCGGGAAUCUCGGGCCCUCUGUUGUUCUCUCCUUUGGUAACUUUCAGGGUGGUGGAACCUAUGUGGUUGAUACUACGCUCACCCCGAGAGACCUCGAUUUCGAUUUACCACGGAUCCAUGAGCCGAUGGACAAUCGAGCAGUCGCGAUCGAAGUGCCUGCAUCAAUAGCAGAAAAUGAAAACGAGAAGAAGAAACUGUGGGGUAGGAAGACGGAGAAGUGGCCGUCAGUCUACGACAUGAACAAGCUCAAAGAGAAGAAGAAACCGAAGAGGCUGCAUCACGAUACCCGCUACUUCAUCUGCGCACGGGAGUUUGAUACGAAGGCAAAGCCGGUGAUGUUCGAUGCUGCGCGUGAAGUGCACGGCACUAUGCCGUGGACCGGUGACAGGUUCGCGCUCGUUUACUUCACUCAUUCGAGUCUACCAGGGCUGCGGACUCGCAGAAACCAGGGCGUCGACGCAUUCCGGGCCUUCUUGCUGGCCUUGCAAGAUAUGGGAUUUCCGCUCCCUCCAGCGAACUCAGCAUAUUGUUAUGACGAAUUACGCAGAAGAGGUUGUUGACCUGGCCUCACUCUGGUUCUAAUUUUUUGUUUUUGUUAUCGGACUUUAUCUACUUUUUCGCUUUGCUUCUCUUCGCUCGAAAACAAAAACUCGGUCUAAUCUUGGCGGGAAAUGACAAAUUACGCAGAAGAGGUUGUUGACCUGGCCAGCAGUGACGAAGACGAGUAGGCACCUUUCCAGACUAGAGCGAAGCAGAGACGUCAGAAGCAGAGACGUCAGAUUUCUCUCAAGGCACUUUCAAAAAAAUCUUUCAACUUUUUGCUAAUUGUUAGAGCAUUUCAAUGAUGUCAUUAAAUGUCCCUGAUGUUCCAAGAAGAAGAUCCUCCCUCAUUUUUCAAGCGGUCUAAACAGCUAAAUGCCAUCGAGUUUCCCUGAUUGGUCAAGAAAAGCCCGCGUUUCUCCCAUGUCCCAAAUGAGGCGCGAUAAUGUCGACUGGGCGAUAAACGUAGCACAUACGACAAGAUGGGUCCACAUUCCUCAAUUUUCUGUUACAGAUCCCAGCAAUUUUUUGUGACUGUAUGAAAAAGGUCAAGCUGCUGUAGACAUGGUUGUAGAAGAUGGAUCAAGUUCUAGAAAAAGUUGGGAUGUAUUAGGAAC